UCAGCAUUCGCAGCAUCACCCUGUACACUGCACAGUCAUAUUUGGUCCUCCGGAAAUAUCCACAGCUCGGGUAAGCCAGUCCCUCUGCAGCGAGUGUAUGGGUGGAGUACACUUCAAAAACACACUUUCAAAUGUAAGCAAAGCCCGGCCGCCGUGACCCGUCCUCCGGUGCCGGAGCAGACGUCAGCACUCCGGGAAAGUUUGUCAUGAAGCUGUCGCCUUGCGCUCUCGGAACCUCGGACCCUCGGCUCUAAAAUGGCUGGCAGUAGGUCCGAAGAGCUCCCGUGCUGACAGGACCAUAGAGGACGGUCUAGGUCGCGGUCGUCCGUGAACGCGAGUCAGAUCUCUGACGGCGAUGACGCGUCACUGAUGUCCAGGGUCCGAGAGCCGUCAAUACGCAGACGCGCCACGAUCAUGUUUCGGACCUCGGACUGUGCGUAAUGGCGUCCUCUGUGGACAGAGAUCAUCGACGUGUGGAGCGAAGCGAGUUGAGUCAAAGUGAAGGAGCGCAUUUUUCACCACACGUUGUUCAUAUGUCUGCAGGCGGAUGUUGGCACUAGGAGACAGGAAAUGUUGUUUAGCUCCCAUCAUUCGGACCUUUCGAUUGUGCGCUGCGUCGCCGUGACUGAUGGAAGACUCGGCUCGAUGUUCUCAAAUGUCGAUUAAGGCCAACUAAGAACAUCGAGCUGUUAGAGAGGAGAUUGGAGGAGAAUGUCACGUGCAGCUGUCAUCACUUGAUCGCUGCUCCUCUAGACUCACAGAUGACAAACUAACAUUUAUAUGUUUCUCUUCACACUCGUCCACGUGACAUGCAUGGAAACAACAUCAAUAGGUAUGCCCCAAAAUGGAUUCCCACUCGGCUUCAGUCCCGACCAGUGGCAGCCUGGAUGUCCAAAAUGGCAGUCAGUGUGCACAGGGAUCAGAGCCUGUGAUUGGGUCAGUCUUGGAUCCAAAAGAGAGAACCUCAGUGGAUGCUGCCCCAGGUCACCUCCAGUCACAUGCCCUCGUCAGGGAAGAUGCCCCAUCAGUCAAUGGGAAAAGACCAGAGGAGGGCGGAGCCUCUCAGGAAACGGGCAGGCGGCCAAUUACAGUAAAGACCGGAGUGCCUGUUCUGCGCAGCCAUCCAAUCAGAAUCAAAAUUGUGGUUCCGCCACGAUGCAAGCGGCCAAUCACAAACGCUGCCAUCAGCUGGACCAAAGACCUUCCUCCUGUUCUGGUUUCGUCCGUCUUCUCUCCACAGAAUCAGAGUCACAGUGACAGAGAUCUGAGUGCAGCGCCACAGCAGGCGGAUGAUGAACCUGCAGCGCCACAGCAGGCGGAUGAUGACCCUGCAGCGCCACAGCAGGCGGAUGAUGACCCUGCAGCGCCACAGCAGGCGGAUGAUGAACCUGCCGCGCCACAGCAGGCGGAUGAUGAACCUGCAGCGCCACAGCAGGCGGAUGAUGAACCUGCCGCGCCACAGCAGGCGGAUGAUGAACCUGCCGCGCCACAGCAGGCGGAUGAUGAACCUGCAGCGCCACAGCAGGCGGAUGAUGACCCUGCAGCGCCACAGCAGGCGGAUGAUGACCCUGCAGCGCCACAGCAGGCGGAUGAUGAACCUGCCGCGCCACAGCAGGCGGAUGAUGAACCUGCCGCGCCACAGCAGGCGGAUGAUGAACCUGCCGCGCCACAGCAGGCGGAUGAUGAACCUGCAGCGCACGCUCAAGUAGGCAAAGACCAAAGUCAAACGGGAGCCGCAGCUUUAACCUCCAGCAUGAGUGCAGUUCAUCUAAUGAGUCAGGGGGGGGUUCAAGAGGAGACCACCGAGCCGCACGUCCCUCUGACUUUAGAAGGAACCCGCACUGAGGUUUGUACGGCAGGUGAUGUGGUCGAGGCCCAGGAACAGACGGAGCCACUGGACCUGAGUUUACCAAAGAAGAGAGAAGUCCACUGCUCCUCAGACCACUCCACCUGUCACACCUCCUUGAUUAUGGAGGUGGAUGAGUUUGAAGGAGACGGGGACAGAGACCUGGUGGAGGAGGAUGAUGACGAUGAAGAUGGCGAAGAAGAGGAGAGGGUUCUGCGGGUGGAAGGCACGGACGCUCUGGAAGACCGUCUUCUGUCCCCGUCUUUUUUUUCUACCUCCGUCUUCACCUCCAUCUCUGCCAUCGAGGACGACCCUGAAAACCUUCUGCUCAUCGAUGACCAGGGAAUCCCCUACACCCUCAGUCCAGACGGACUCCGGCUGCCACAGGUGGGGUCAGAUCAGGCGACUUUGUUGUGGUCAGAAGACACCAGCGCAGGCCACAGCCUGGACAAAGACACCUGUGCUGCUGCUGCUGCUGCUGCUGCUGCUGCCGCCGCCCCCCCCGACCACACCAACACCACUGAGGCCAGCAUUAGAACAGCUCAGGGUGCUAAUGCUGCUCCGCCCCCCUCCUCUGGGGCAUCAGUCCCAGCUCAGUCCAUUCAGAUCCUCACAAACUCCUCAGCCAGUGCUCCUCUUCUGCUCCUCUCCUCCUCCUCCUCCUCUCCCUCCCCUCAGCUCUCCUCUGCUCCUCUCUCCCUCCCCCUGUCUUUUACUUCCACUUCUCACGGUGCUUCUACCCCCAUGUUCCUUCUUCUCUCCUCUGUUCCCCCCUCCCCCGGUGGACCCAUCUCCGUGGUCGACCCCUCAUCAGGUCAGGCGUCUCCGAUGGCUUCCGUGUCAACGUCGGUCUCUCUUCCUGGUACCUCUGCUCAGGUCAGCGCCCUGGGACCACUGCUGCCCUCACCAUCUCACCCUGUGGUCAGACUGAGGGCCAGCGCCCCCCCUGUUGUCCUGUCAGGAGUGAAUCAUGUCACUUCCGUCCUCACCUCGCUCUCCGUCCCUUCGUCUACGCCCGCAGCCCAGCACCACGGCAUGAGCGACGCUCGCGGCGGUCGGAGCAGCUCCUCGGAGUCCAAGCCUGGAUGUGAAGCCAUAUCUGCUGAAAAGUUCUCAGAUGAAAACAAGGAGCCAUCGGCAUCUGGAGGUUCUCCACUGACUCUGACCUCUGACCUUUUAACUCCAUCUCCAGAGGCCAAGAUGGACUCAGGUGACCCGCCCACGGAGCAUCUGCCUCUGGAUGACCAUCUGUACUACACAAACAUGGCUGCCCCCCCCUCUCCUACCACUGUACCCAUAAUUCCCUGUGAUAAGCUGGACCCCCUCCAGGCCCUCGACCCUCUCUCUCCAGCGGAAUCGCCCGGCAACAUGGGCUCACGCAGGGUGCUGUACUGCCAGCUGUGUCCGCGCGUCUUCUUUUACCUCUCUGACCUGGAGCGUCACGCCAUCACUCACUCUCAGAAGAAGCCUCACGUCUGCCAGCAGUGUGGCAAGGCCUUCAAACGCUCCAGCCAUCUGCAGAGACACAAGCACAUCCAUACAGGCCAGCGGAACUUUGUGUGCACCAUCUGUGCCAAACGCUUCAGGGAGGCUGGUGAGCUACAGCGCCAUCAACGGGUACAUACAGGAGAGAAACCAUACCAAUGCCAACUUUGCCACACGCGCUUCGCAGAGCGCAACACGCUCCGGCGGCACACCAAACGGAAGCAUCCUUACCACCAAGUAGCCAUGGAAAUGCUGAACGAGAGGAGAGACGGGGGAGGGGGGGAGGCCUCGGGAGUACAGGAGGAGGAGGAGAGCGCCGAGUGGUACAGCUCCACCGUGUCCACCCUGGACAAUUCAGAGUCUGAGCUGGAGACGUGACCAUGUCCAUGUCUGACUGGACACUGCCCCCCCCACCUCACCCCCCCCCACCCCCCCCCGAAGCACUGACACUUAUUUCUUUCUAACUAAAUGAAACCCAUUCCAUUAUAAAACAGAAUGAACCUGAAGAAGUUGAAGAUGUUAUUAAAUACAAAUUCAAUGAUGACAUCAUUACAGCUUGUUCUGACGACGUCACACUGUGUGUGUGUGUGUGCGUAUACACUGUAUAUAAACACACACACAUGCUAUGAAUGAAUAAAGAGCUGUAUUUGUACGAGCUGCA